AUGGCUCCUGCCACUGCCGCCUUUCUCUUUGCUCUCCUCGCCCCGUCGGUUUACGCCUCUCCAAUUGUAGCCCGUGGCAAAGAGUACGACUACAAAUCUUCUUGUGUCAACUACAAGCAUGCGAAGAACAUUCCCGGUGUCUUUCAAGAGGCAGGGCCGUUCCGUGGAAAGACGGACCCUUACUGUGACAAAAUGAGGGCGGCAGUGAUCGAUAAGGGUGAAGGCGAAUUCUACGAGGUGCCGGGCGAUACAUUCUUCAAAUACGGCGAUGAAGGUUAUGCGAGACCCACUAUACAGCGCAAUGUUAAAGACUCUCUGGGCAUCAAAACCAGGUUGACCCUGACGGACCGUGGCAGGGACCUGAUUAAGGAUGCUGAAAACCCCGAGGCUGCUUUCGAUGAGCUGUGUAGGCCAGCCUUUAUACAAUUUGGAACCAAAGGCAAAGGGUGUACACAGGAAUUGGAUUACAGCAAAAGCCAGCGUGAGAAUGGUGGUGACUUCACUACUACUGUUGUGAAUAAUGGCGACUUGAAAAUCUUCGACGGAAAGGAGGAGAUGGGGACGCUCUUUGUAAUCAAUGAAUGGCCUGGAAUUAAAAAUUAG